AUGAUGCAAAGGGCGAAGAGUCUCCUCAGGCGAGUGCAGCCCAUGAGCAGCCACACCUUUACUCGCUACAUCAGUACUAGUAGCGUGAAACUUAAAAUAGUAAAAUGUAAACUGUUUGACAUUGGAGAGGGAAUUUCUGAGGUGGAAAUAACUCAGUGGAAUAAAAAGGAAGGAGAAAGUGUGAGCGAAAUGGAGACUCUUCUAACUGUUCAGAGUGACAAAGCAGCGGUUGAUAUAACGAGCAAGUACAGUGGAGUGCUCGUGAAAAGGUAUGCUGAGGAGAGGGACAUAAUUAAAAUUGGGUCGUACUUUUGCGAAAUUGACACAGAGGAUAACAUUGUGGAAGAGGAGGGAAAUGGUGAAGAGAUGGAAGACCAUCACGCGGACGGGAAGGCAGAUGUAGAUGAGGCACAUUCAUCAUCCCAAGUACAGCACAAAGGUAGUAAGGUGUCGACUGUGAAAGCAUCCCCAGGGGUUAAGAAGAAGGCCCAAGAAUACAAACUGGACGUGGACGAAAUUGGAAGUUACUUUUCUAAAGACGCCAUAAGGAUGGAAGAUGUGGAGGAGUAUCAUCAGAAGGUGAAAAGCGGAGAAAUAUCAAGUGCAGGAAGUAACCUCAAUGGAGAUGUCCUGGAGAAAGUUGCACUGCAAGGAAUCAAACUAGCUAUGUGUAAAAGUAUGAACGAUUCUCUGAGUAUCCCCCUGUUUCACUUAAACGAAAAAUACAAUGUACAUAAUUUGAUCGCCGCAAGAAGUGAAAUAAAGAAUAGCGUCCUAGAGAAGGACAACGUGAACGUCACAUUAACAAGUAUACUGAUCAAACUUAUUUCAAAUGUGUUGAAAGAUUUCCCAUUGUUAAACUCGAAAUUUGAUUCAAGAACAAAUACAUACACUACUUAUAAGAGCCAUAAUGUGUGUGUCGCCAUGGACACCCCAAAUGGUUUACUCGUGCCAAAUAUAAAAAAUGUGGAAUCGAAAAAUAUGGUUGAAAUUCAAAAGGAUCUGACUUCCCUACGUGAUAAAGCCAUGCAGAUGAAGCUGAGCAAAAGUGACAUCACUGGGGGUACUAUCACCAUAAGCAAUUUUGGAGUCAUAGGGGGCACCUUUGCCACUCCAAUUGUGUUUGAUAACCAGGCGUGUAUUAUCGGAUUGUCCAAAAUUCAGAAGGAGUUGUUUUUAAAAAAUGAGAAGAAGGAGCUAACCGACUUAUCCGACAUCCUUGUUGCGGACACGAUGAACUUGACUUAUGGUGCAGACCACAGGUUCGUCGACGGGGCUACGCUGGCUCGCUUUUCGAAGCAGCUGAAGGAGGUCAUGGAUGGCGUCACUUCACUGGACCCGUACGCGGUGUAG